UCGUGAUGGACAUCGCCCAGAAGAACAAGCUUCCCAGGAUCCUUAGGUGCUCGCAGAUCAUGGGGCGCAACGAGACUGACGAGCUGUCGGCAGCUCAGAUCUUCUACCUGUGCAUGCACUGCGCCGACAUCUUCUUCCUCAAGGCGGACAUCUGCCAGCUGGGCAUGGAUCAGCGCAAGGUGAACGUGUUGGCCAGGGAGUACUACGACGACAUCAAGAGGAAGAUGAAGCCCAUCAUCCUCUCGCACCACAUGCUGCCCGGGUUGCUGCAAGGGCAGGAGAAGAUGUCAAAGAGUGACCCAAACUCUGCAAUUUUCAUGGAGGACGAGGAGGCGGAGGUGAAUGUGAAGAUCAAGAAGGCAUUCUGUUCGCCAGGGGAGGUGGAGGGGAACCCGUGCAUUGCCUACGUGUAGUACAUCAUGCUGCCCUGGUUCAAGCAGUUUGAGGUGGAGCGCAAGGAGGAGCACGGAGGCAACACUAUCUACACUGAUGCAGAGCAGCUGUGUGCGGACUACAAAGAGGGUAAACUGCACCCAGGCGACCUCAAGUUGGCCCUCUCCAAAGCACUGAACCGGAUCCUCCAGCCCCUGAGAGACCACUUCAAGACAAACACCGAUGCGAAGAAACUGCUAGCACAAGUGAAGAGCUACAAGAUCACUCGGUAAUAGUUACCC